AUGCUUCCUCAAGCGACCCUCGUGGCCCUCGCGGCGCUCCUCCCAUUCUCUGCUGCCCAGAUCGCAGAUGGUUUCGAGAGUGGCUGGGACAAGUCAAAGUGGGCAAUUUAUGCUCCAGACUGCCAGCAAGGCGGCAGCAUCACCCUCGACACCAGCACAGCUCACAGUGGCACUUCGUCCUUGAAGGUUGCCGGCGCUGGUGGCUACUGUGGGCACAUUUUCUUUGGCACAACUGCCGUGCCCAGUGGUGAUGUCUACGUUCGUGCCUGGAUCAAAGCUACCACCGCGCUCACGUCCUCCCACAUCUCCUUCAUGACCAUGCCCGACAGCACGACCGGCAAACACCUCCGUAUCGGUGGCCAGUCUGGCAUUCUCAUGUACAACCGCGAGACCGACGACGCAACCCUGCCCAACUUGUCGCCUGACGGCAUCGCCGCCUCGUCUCCCUUGGCCACUGGCUCGUUCCAGUGCUUCGAGUACCACCUUGGCACCGAUGGCAAGAUUGAGACCUGGCUGAACGGCAAUCCGGUCAGCGGCCUCUUCGCCGGCCCCGGGACCUCCAACCCCUACUCCUCCCAAUGGGGCUCGAGCUACAAGCCUAAGGUCAAGGGCAUCUACUUUGGCUGGGAGAGCUACGGCGGCGACGUCAACACCUUGUGGUACGACGACAUUAGCGUCAGCUCGACGCGUGUUGGAUGCGGCAGUGGAACUGGCACACCCGGGGGAUCAACUACGACGACCUUGAGAACCUCCAGCACGACCGGUGGUGGCGUUGGCACGCCAUCGACAAGCACUACGACCAGUGCCACUCCGUCGCCCACGGGCGCUGUUCAGACCAAAUAUGGGCAAUGCGGCGGCAAGGGCUGGACAGGCCCAACUGUCUGUGCAGCGGGCUCGACUUGCACCGUGUCCAACGAGUGGUACUCGCAAUGCUUGUGA